AUGCCUUUCCAAUCAGUAUUCAAUGAUGGCACGAUAUGUAUCAUUUGUGGUCUUGAAAUUAUUCGCAGCUGGAGGGCAUAUCGGUCAUGUCAUUCAGAAUUUAAAGCGGUGUACCAAGCCCCUGAUGGUGUCAAACUGACUGGAGUUGGUUCAGUCAAGCACGAUCAUCACCUUCGACCUCCCACCAACCCAGCAGUACGAUGGGACACGAUGGGGGAGGAUUCCAUCCUCCUGAAAGACCCUCCCCAUCCCAUCCCAGGCGUGUAUCUGUUCCAUGCGAGAUGUUGGGACUCGUUCAUGGAUCAUAUCGGUUCAGAGAAAUUUGAUUUGGCCAGUCUCUACGACGCUUUGGAGUAUCUACCAGUGCCAGAAGGGCCAUGGUACCAUGAUGUUGUUGAACCUCGUGGACCAGGUCAUGAUGGCUAUGAUCCUUUAAUCCUCCCAACUCUCGAGCAACUCAUGCAGUCUCCAAAAGCGCCUCCAAGGUUGUCAAAUGAUGUCAGUCAAAGACUAGCAGCAAUCCACCAAAACCCCACCGAUUGCUUCCGUUUGUUUCCUCUGGAGAUUUGUAAAGCCAUCGCAUUCCAACUACCGACUCAGGUCCUUCUGAGCCUGCGUCAUGUUUCGAGAGUGAUGAUACCCAUCUUCACAAGCACUGCAUUCUGGCGAACAAGAUUCGCCAUCAACGGUGAGCGUGGGUCCCUUCAUCCUGUCGCUCAAAAGUCACCGACGCGGAAGACGGGGGAAAAGAACGCAUAG